CCCAGUCAUUUAUCCGUGCGUAUCAACUUGAAGCCCCAUUUAACAGAACUUCAAUGGCGACGAUGCUUCGAAAUCUUUCUUAUUUCAAGCGCUCUCUCCUUCACCCGACACAGGGUCUUAGGAAUGAUAUAGCCAUGGCAUAUACUCAGCUGUCUUUCUUCUCUUCAAAAGUAAAGAAGAAAUCUAAGUCAGGUGAGACAGACUCAGGGGAUGAGAGUUUGUCAAAGAAAGGAUUAGCUCUUAAAGCAGCUUUGGAUCAGAUCACUAAAUCAUAUGGCAAGGGAUCCAUCAUGUGGCUUGGUCGUUCUGUCUCCAAACACAUUCCAGUGCUGUCUACGGGGUCUUUUUCUCUGGAUAUUGCAUUGGGAGUUGGGGGGAUUCCAAAGGGCCGUGUGAUAGAGAUAUAUGGUCCAGAAGCUACGGGGAAAACAACGCUUGCUUUACAUAUAAUUGCUGAGGCACAAAAACAAGGAGGUUAUUGCUGCUUUGUGGAUGCUGAGCAUGCUCUAGAUCCAGCAUUGGCUACAAGUAUUGGGGUGAAAAUCGAAGAUUUACUUAUUUCACAACCAGAUUGUGGUGAGCAAGCUCUUAGUCUCGUGGAUACUCUGGUCAGGAGUGGCUCAACUGAUGUUAUUGUUGUUGACAGUGUUGCAGCUCUUGUCCCAAAAGGUGAACUUGAGGGUGAAAUGGGGGAUGCACACAUGGCAAUGCAGGCUAGACUAAUGAGUCAAGCACUCCGCAAGUUGAGCCAUUCUUUAUCUUUAUCACAGACUACUUUGAUCUUUAUAAAUCAGGUGAGAGCUAAACUAUCUACUUAUGGAGGAUUUGGAGGACCUCAAGAGGUUACUUGUGGUGGAAAUGCAUUGAAGUUUUAUGCUUCUGUGCGUUUAAAUGUCAGGAGAGUUGGACAGGUCAAGAAAGGGGAAGAGAUUAUAGGAAACCAAGUCAUAGUGAAAAUCGUAAAGAACAAACUUGCCCCUCCAUUUAGAACUGCAGAAUUUCAGCUUGAGUUUGGGAAAGGCAUAUGUCGCGAAUCUGAGCUUAUAGAGUUAGGAUUGAAGCACAAAUUCAUUACAAAGACAGGAGGUGCAUUUUACACCAUGAAUGACCAAAGUUUCCGCGGUAAAGAUGCUAUUAAAACAUACUUAGCAGAUAAUGCUGGUUUAAGGGAAGAUCUCACGAUGAAACUCUCGGAGAAACUUUUUCAUGUUCAAGAACAAGUUUAUACAGAAUAUGCAGAAGUGGACCCCAUUGUUCCUGACCUUACUGAUGAAGAAGCUUCAACUUCAGCUUACGCGUCAAAGUGGGAGACUGCACAGAAUCAUGGUGUUCCGGUUGAGAUUUAACACCUAAGCUGCUUUUUUGCGUGUGGACUGUGGAGUGGAUUUGGUCCAACUUUUGGAUCUCAAUGACCAGUUUAUGCCAUCCUCCAUGUGUAUGCCUAAAAUAACCGUUCACUGAGAAAUAGUAACAGUGAGAUAUACGGUUUGAUAUUGAUUUCAAUUCUAGUGAAUUCCUCAAAUAGAAGUAGAACAUGAAUCCAUAAAUAGGACAUAUUGUUUUAAAUUCCCUAAAUGGAACUAAUUAUGAGUGUUUGAAAAAAAUACGCCUACAAACCUACUGCCAGCUUGCUACUGCCACCUUCCACCAUAGUGUUGCUGCUGGUCGCUAAUACCUUUGUAAUUUCCGUGUGUGUAUUUAUAUGUUUUUAGUUAGUUUUGUUGUUUGAUACGUUGGAAAUUACACACUUUUGGUGUAAUACUUUAGUUUGUUAUAUUAUUUGUAAUUUAUUUAAAUUAGGAUUAUUUUGAGCUUAAGACAGGUCAAAAUUAUCCCAAGAAUCAAAGAAUGGAUCUUAAAGACCAAAGAAUGUGCAAAAGGGAGA